CUGCCCAUUCGACAUCCGGAAGUGGUUCUUGGUUAUUGAUAAAAAGUUCAAAAUAACACCAGAAAAUGAAUAAUGGAACGCAGGCUAAAACUAAAAAUAGAGAUAUUUAUCAAAGGAUAAACUUUUUGUAUCAGGCAGCAUAUCAGAGUUUAUUUAUGUCCCCAACUGACCUCACCUUAUGCCGUUAUUAUGUUCAAAUGCUGAAGCAUGUUGCCAAAAGGCUGGUCCUAAGGCUACAUCCCGAAAUGAAGCGAACUAUAUGUAAGAAAUGUAGUGUUAUUCUCUGGUCCGGCAUUACAGCAAGAGUACGACAUAAGAGUAAGGGAGAGAAACAUACAGUUGUGACUUGCAUUGAAUGUGGAUCAACAAAAACAUUUCUUUGGAGUAAACAUGAUCAGUUGUGGAUAAACAAGAUGAUGCUACCUACAUGUAGUUAGUCAUUAAAAUAUUGAAACAGU